AUGGAGAGAAAAAUAAAUGCACUGAAGUUCCUGUAUGAAGAAUUAAACGCAGAAUAUUCUAUAGAAUUUUUACUAACCAGAAGGUUAACUCAAGAUUGUAUUGAAAAUGUAUUUUCAAUAAUUAGAGCAAACGGUAGAAAUAAUACUACUCCAGAUGCUACUAAAUUUCAGUCUGCAAUAAGAAUGUUGAUGUGUAAUAAUUUGCUUACACCAUCAGAAGAAGGGAAUUGUGAAAUGGAUGCCUGCAAAUUUUUAACUAAGCUCAAUGAAUUAAAAACAAUUAGUCUACAAGUAAAUUCAUUUAACAUAUGGGAUAAUACAAUUGAAAAUAAUGAAGGUAUGUGUAACAAUAUACUAGAUGUUCAUUUGUCAUCGACAAAUAUCAACAGUAUCCUCAUGGAUCCGCAUAAUACAUCUGAAGUAGGUAGCUUAUGUCACAGGAUGGGCAUGCAGUAA